AUGCAUAUCCCUUCGUUGGUCUCUGCCUCUGCUGCUCUUUCGGUUAGCGUUUCAGCACGCAGCUCCCUCUACGUCGAAAAUGCUCCUGAUUAUGUCCGCCCCUAUGUCAUUGAGAGAUACGCCAAUGCCCAAGCCGUCGCCGUCGGCCAGCAGAUCUACAGGUUCCCUGUUACUGGAGCAUCUUCCGGCGGUGCCUUUUCCAUCCUCAUGACCAACUCUCCCGCAUCAGAUGCCCUUGGAGUCCUCCCUCACAUCCAUCAAACCCACUAUGAAAACUUCUUUUGCAGUAAAGGUCGUUUCCAGCUCUGGACAGACAAAUUUGGCGAUGAGGAGGCUAGAGUUAUGUUGCCUGGUGACUAUGGCGCUGUGCCUAGGAACACUACACAUACCUUCCAGGUUCUUGAUCCAGAUACUGAGAUGCUUGGUGUGAUUCAGCCUGGAGGCUUCGAGGCUUUGUUCUUCGCCAUUGCAGACAGCAACUACACUUCCUCAACCUCCUCGCCUUAUGUACCUAGCUCUGGCUCUGGAUCCACCGAUGCAGGAGCUGGGUCCUCUGCUUCCAUGAUCUCAGCUCUCGAGUCCUUUGACGUCUACGCUCAACUCGAAUUCAACCCCCGCCGUGAUCUGAUCAACGGCAGCGCACCCGCAAACGCAACAUGGCAUACUGGCAAAAACACCGUCCCUUCAAACUCAGUAACCCCCUUCUACGUGGCCAAGAACCAAGGACCCAUGUACCUCAACAGCGAACACGGCUACGAAAUCAUCGCCCCCUUCAUCUCUUCCUCCGUCCAAGGCGCUGGAAAGUUCUCCGAAGGCACAAUCACAAUGUCUAGAAGACUUUCCAACACCACAAUCCCUGUUCGCCGGUUUGCUGACCACAUGGCAUUUGAAGUGUUGGAAGGCGCAUUGAUGGUUAAGAUGCAAGGAGAAGAAGUGCAGCUUUUGCAAGGUGAUGUUGUGUUUGUCCCCGGCAGUACUACUUUUAGCUAUUGGUCUGAGGUGGCAUUCACGAAGUUUUUGUAUGUUUGUGCUGGAAGUCGGGGGUUGGAUGUGGAGUUGAGAAAGAAGGCUGUUGAGUGGGAGUAUCCUACUUGGCCCACUACUGCUGUUUAG